ACAAGCUUCGACCAGAAGCUGAGCGGUGCGGAGCAGGGACGUCCGGAGAGAAAGCGGAGUGGAGCCGGACCGUCGUUUUCCUUUCCUCCUUCUUUCUCUGUUCCGUUUCAUUUCGUCUCUCUCGGGACAGUUGGGUUCGGGAGGAAAGUCCGCCGGCCCGCCCCGCUUCCGCCAAAGAAAAACUUCUACCUGAACAAUGGAGAUAGAGAAGGAGGUGAAGAAGAUGACCCUGGGCCACGAGUUUGGCGCCGGAGCGGCCUGUUUGAAAUGCAAGGACAAGUGCGAAGGCUUUGAGCUGCAUUUCUGGAGGAAAAUCUGCCGAAACUGCAAAUGUGGCCUGGCAGAGCACGAUGUGUCGAUGAACUCCGAGGAGAACAAGAAGGUCGGCAAGUUGUUCGAGGACACCAAAUACACGGGCCUCAUCGCCAAGCUGAAGACCGACGGCAUCCCCGGAUACCAGGGCAACAUGGUGACCAUCAGCCUGCCCAUGGCUACCACCGCUUACGUCGUACCGCCGAGCGCUUCGUCCUCUGUCGUGCCCCCCUCUGCCACAGCAGGUGCCGUGCAGCCUGCGGGAGCCUCUGCAGGAGCCCAUGCAGGAGCCCAUGCAGGAGCCCAUGCAGGAGCAUCUGCCAGAGCCUCGACAGGAGCCUCUGCGGGAGCCUCUGCAGGAGCCCAUGCAGGAGCAUCUGCAGGGGCAUCUGCGGGUGCGGCACCCGGCAGUGCCCAGGCCCGGGUUCCACCUCCGACCGCACCAAAAAGUGUCGCACCAGGCAGGGCUGGUAAAGUGCCGCUCGCAGUCAGUGCCACAUCAGCCAAUGUGAUGCCAGUUCCCAAAGACGUGCCAAUGAAGUCUGUCACCUACGAGUGGGCACCGCCAGUAGCUAAUAAGUAUCUGGCAGUACGUUACAUUGAGCUGCUCCCGCCGGAGAAACGUCCGGUGGCCGGUACGGAGGGAGCUGCCUACCGUCGGCAGCAGAUGGCCCGCCAGCUGCCCGAGCAUGACCAGGACCCGUCCAAGUGCCACGAGCUGAGUCCCGCUGAGGUGAGGAAAAUGGAGCAGUUCGUUCGCAAGUACAAGGACGAGGCCCUGGGGGUCGGAGAUGUCAUGCUGCCUGAAGAGAUGGCUCUGGUUCAGGCAGGAGGGCAGGGUGGAGCCGGUGGUGUCGGGGCUGGAGGUGAACCUGGUGCCGUUGGGGCAGGGUCUGGCCCUGGCCUUAGUGGAAAUGGCAUCGGUGGCGGAGCCGUUGGGUUAAGACCGGGGGUUGCUGGUGCUGGUGCUGGUGCUGGAGCUGGAGCUGGAACUGGAGCUGGAGCUUGGCCAGGCGCUGCAGGCAGCGGUGUCGGGCCCAUGGGUGGGCCUGGAGUGGGUGCUGGCUUUGGACUUGGAGCAGGGGUGGGCAGAGCUGGAGCUGGACCUGGAGCUGGAGCUGGAGCUGGUGCUGGACCACUUUCAGGGCCCGGGACCGGACCAUCUGCUGGCUGUGGGCCAGCUGGAGGAGCCAUGGGCACUGCUGCCACUGCUGGAGCCAUGGGCAUCCCUGGAGCUCCGCACGCUGGACUACAGCAGAACUUUUCGUGCAAUCACUGCCAGCAGCCGAUGGGCGUGGGCGAGCCGGCCGUCUAUGCCGAGCGGGCGGGCUACGACAAGCUGUGGCACCCAGCAUGCUUUGUGUGUUGUAACUGCGGCGAACUGCUGGUGGACAUGAUCUACUUCUGGAAGAAGGGCAAGCUGUACUGUGGACGCCACUAUGGAGACAGCGAGAAGCCCCGCUGUGGAGGGUGUGACGAGCUGAUCUUCAGUAAUGAGUACACUCAGGCCGAGGGCCAGAACUGGCAUCUGAAGCACUUCUGCUGUUUCGACUGUGACUGCAUCCUUGCCGGAGAGACGUACGUCAUGGAGAACGACAAGCCCGUCUGCACGCCCUGCUACAUGAAGAACUAUGCUGUGAAAUGCUCAGCCUGCCAGAAUGCGGUGGAGCCCGAGGCCCAGCGGGUUUCCUACGGCGAGCACCACUGGCACGCCGAGCCACAGUGCUUCAAGUGCAGCGGCUGUUCCAAGGCGCUGGUCGGCCAGCGCUUCAUGGCAGUGCAGGGCUUCCUCUUCUGCUCCGUGGAGUGCAAGAAGAAAACCAUGGCCUAGAGGGCGGCCAACGCGCUCUUCUUGGUCCCCUCCACAACCACUUGUGAAACCUGGACAGGUUUUACUAAAACUAGGACAAGAGCAGGGAAAACCUUACACUGGUGCAGCUGUGCAAGGUCAGAGGUGUGUUGACGUAAAACCGAGUGCCUGAUAAAUCUAAUAAAGAGAUGUACAAUAGUAGUCAGUCCAUUUGCAUUUAGCAUUUAGCACUUCUGCCCAUGAAAUACCACAGUAUUAAUGAAUCUGUCUCAACUAGGAGGAGACCUAAUCCUCCUCUGCUCAGUUUGUCCUCUGCCUUAAAACCAGUUGUCUUCCUUCAACAAGUAGAUUUUUUUCUUUUCUCCUAUUGUGUUUUUAUACUGAUGAGAUUCCUUUUUGUUUCGGUAUCAGCGCUGUUCUACUCCUACAGAACCUGUUUUUGAUUUAAUGUGCCAUAUUUUUCCUGGUCCCUUCAUAUAACAAACUACUGAUUGUCGCCCUCCUCUAUGCAGCAGUCUGACGAGCUACAUUCGCCAGCUUCGGGGAUGAUUUGCUUCCAGAUUAAAGUGAAAAAUCAAAUGAUAACAACAGAUAACCUUUAUUCUCCGAUCAUUAUGCAGCGUAUUUAAAGUGCUUUGACUGAAGAAAUUCAUUGGAGGGAUUUAAGUGGAAUCAAUGGAAGCAAGCAGCCCCAACUCUGACAGCAGUGUAUUGACUAAAAGCUGCCACCUACUGUAGUUGUGUUCGAGAGCGUUGUGGUGUUGUCGACUUUCCAUGUUAUCUCAAGGGAGCAAAAGAAUGUGAUGGUAUGUGUUGCUCAGGUAUAUGACAGGUGUGUUUCUGAUAUCAUUGCCGUUGUGUCGCUAAACAAAGAUUUUGACUAUUGCAACAUAACGUCAGACAGCAUGACCCAUAUUAUGUUAUUCAAUAUACAACAAUGACAGCACAGGCUGUGUCCUCAGAAAAUGCUGGUAAAUAGAUUAAACGCCUGUCUGAUGCAGUUUUAAGAUGAUCUUCACAAAUAGUGUGUGAUUGUAUUAUCUUGCAUUUGAUUGUAUUGGUCUUUCUUUCAUGGAUUCUUUUUUUAAUUUUGGCUCCACAAAGUGGUCUUUAGUCUUGGAUCCACCUUUGUUUAAGAAAUGAAUACAUGCAAAACAAAAGGCAAUAAGUAUAAAUCAGGAUUAAUAUUGGGCUGCAGAGAGUAUGUCUUCUUCCCCUGCAAUGACUUAGGGUUUAUCAGAGAGCCUGUAUCUCCCACUGGCCCCGCGAUAAAUGUGAACAAGUUGUCCGGAAAGGCAGGUUUGCCAUGGUACCCAAACACUUGAUGAACUGAGGGAAGUAGGAAAAACUCUGUAUAUUACAUACACAUCAUAUUUCUUUUUUGUUACUUAAGAUAUGUUAUUGUUCUGCCAUGUACUUUCCUUUCCAUGCAAUAAAGUGCACUUUAAAAUAAAAAA